AUCCUCACUUCCAUCUUCAGACCUGAGGCAGAAGGGUGUCUUCACUUUCUCAUUCCAAACUUUGGUGACUACAAGGAACUUGCUGGAUUGUUGGACUGUACUCAGAGAACUGACACCGAGAGGAUGGCACCUCACAUGUUUCUUCUCCUGUUAGCAGGACUAAUAGGAGCAACAACAGCACAGACAACAAUGAAUGUCACAGCAGAUUCAAGGCUCAACCUGGAAUUUAGGUUGGAGGCAAAUUUUCUCGACGGCCUGAAUGACAGUUCAUCAUCAGUAUUUGGGGAAUUUUCAACGCCACUGAUAGAACAACUUAAUACCAUCUAUAGCAGUAGAUUCAGCGGAUUUCUGCAAGCUGUGAUCAGAGCUUUCAGGCGUGGGUCCAUCAUAGUGGAUUCUGAGCUGCAAUUUGCAAAUGCCUCCUCUGUGCCAGACACUCAACUUGUAGUGGAUACUCUGGUGGAGGCAAAAAACAGCUCCAGCCCUCUCUCCGACCUGAACACAUCUAGUAUUGUUGUGACACGCAUUGAGGCUGCAACUGUUCCUCCCACAACAGGAACUGGGAAUGAAACGACAACCGAUCUAGCAGCCACAACCACAGCUGGAACUACACUUAAUUCAACUUCUGUACCAGGAACUGGGAAUGAAACGACUGCCAACCUAGAAGUCACAACCACAGCUGGAACCACACUUAAUUCAACUUCUGUAGCAGGAACUGGGAAUGAAACGACAGCCGACCUGGCAGCCACAACCACAGCUGGAACUACAGUGAAUACAACUUCUGAAGCAGGAACUGGGAAUGAAACGACUGCCAACCUAGAAGUCACAACCACAGCUGGAACUACACUUAAUUCAACUUCUGUAGCAGGAACUGGGAAUGAAACGACAGCCGACCUAGCAGUAACAACUACAGCUGGAACUACAGUGAAUACAACUUCUGUAGCAGGAACUGGAAAUGAAACGACUGCCAACCUAGAAGUCACAACCACAGCUGGAACCACACUUAAUUCAACUUCUGUAGCAGGAACUGGGAAUGAAACGACAGCCAACCUAGAAGUCACAACCACAGCUGGAACUACACUUAAUUCAACUUCUGUAGCAGGAACUGGGAAUGAAACGACAGCCAACCUAGAAGUCACAACCACAGCUGGAACCACACUUAAUUCAACUUCUGUAGCAGGAACUGGGAAUGAAACGACAGCCGACCUAGCAGCCACAACCACAGCUGGAACUACAGUGAAUACAACUUCUGUAGCAGGAACUGGGAAUGAAACGACUGCCAACCUAGAAGUCACAACCACAGCUGGAACUACACUUAAUUCAACUUCUGUAGCAGGAACUGGGAAUGAAACGACAACCGACCUGGCAGCCACAACCACAGCUGGAACUACACUUAAUUCAACUACUGUAGCAGGAACUGGGAAUGAAACGACUGCCAACCUAGAAGUCACAACCACAGCUGGAACCACACUUAAUUCAACUUCUGUAGCAGGAACUGGGAAUGAAACGACAGCCGACCUGGCAGCCACAACUACAGCUGGAACUACAGUGAAUACAACUUCUGUAGCAGGAACUGGGAAUGAAACGACUGCCAACCUAGAAGUCACAACCACAGCUGGAACUACACUUAAUGCAACUUCUGUAGCAGAAAACACAACUUCACAACCACUUAGUCCAACAUCACCAGCAGCCAACAUGACUUCACCUCCUCUAAAUACAACUUCUCUACCAGUCAGUCCAACAUCACCAGCAACCAACAUGACUUCACCCCCUCUCAAUGCAACUUCUAUACCAGUCAGUCCAACAUCACCAGCAGCCAACAUGACUUCACCUUCACUCAAUGCAACUUCACCCUCAGUCAGUCCAACAUCACCAGCAACCAACAUGACUUCACCUCCUCUAAAUCCAACUUCUAUACCAGUCAGUCCAACAUCACCAGCAACCAACAUGACUUCACCUCCGCUCAAUGCAACUUCAGUCACUGUGAGCUCAACAACAGUCAAUAUAACCUCAGCACAACCCAUGUCCACAUCACCAUCAGGAAAUGCAACCUUACAGCAAACAAGUACGACCUCACCACAAGUCAACGAAACUUCACAAUCUACUCCAUCACCCAUCAGCCAGACCUCAGCAACUAGCAAUGUAACUUCCCAAUCAACAUUAUCAUCAACUAUAUCAACAACAACAACUACUACUACUACUACUACUGCUACAACUACAACCACAACUCCUGCCCCACCACCUGAGCCAAAAAUUAGGUUACAAUUUAACUUGAAGGCGACAUUCACAGAGGAUUUGAAAAACAACUCCUCCCCACAGUUCAAAGCACUUGAGAGAAAUGUGACUGCAGCACUCAAUGGAGUCUAUAAAAAAAGAUUUGGGGACAGAUUCAAUCGAACUGUCAUCAGAGGAUUCAGACAAGGAUCGGUUAUUGCUGAAACUGAGCUGAUAUUCAAUAAUGUCUCAGCACUACCAAAUACCAGCGAAGUGACUGAAACUUUAAGGAAUGCAACCUCUGACCCAGCUUUCAGCCUACCUGUCAACGAAAGUACUAUUGCUGCAGAAGUUGUAUUACCUCCAACUCAACCACCAACAACAACUACAGUCACAACUACAGUGCAAACAACUUCUGUAACAGGAACUGGGAAUGAAACGACUGCCAACCUAGAAGUCACAACCACAGCUGGAACUAUACUUAAUUCAACUUCUGUACCAGAAAACACAACUUCACAACCACUUAGUCCAACAUCACCAGCAGCCAACAUGACUUCACCUCCUCUAAAUACAACUUCUCUACCAGUCAGUCCAACAUCACCAGCAGCCAACAUGACUUCACCUCCUCUAAAUACAACUUCUCUACCAGUCAGUCCAACAUCACCAGCAGCCAACAUGACUUCACCUCCUCUAAAUACAACUUCUCUACCAGUCAGUCCAACGUCACCAGCAGCCAACAUGACUUCACCUCCUCUAAAUACAACUUCUCUACCAGUCAGUCCAACAUCACCAGCAGCCAACAUGACUUCACCUCCUCUAAAUACAACUUCUCUACCAGUCAGUCCAACAUCACCAGCAGCCAACAUGACUUCAUCUCCUCUAAAUACAACUUCUCUACCAGUCAGUCCAACAUCACCAGCAGCCAACAUGACUUCACCUCCUCUAAAUACAACUUCUUUACCAGUCAGUCCAACAUCACCAGCAGCCAACAUGACUUCACCUCCUCUAAAUACAACUUCUAUACCAGUCAGUCCAACAUCACCAGCAACCAACAUGACUACAGCUUCACUCAAUGCAACUUCACCACAAGUCACUGUGAGCUCAACAACAGUCAAUAUAACCUCAGCACAACCCAUGUCCACAUCACUAUCAGUCAAUGGGACGUCAACACAACCAGCUAUUCCAACCACUGUUACAACUGCAACAACGACAAUGGCUGCUGUUCCUGCAGAUUCAAGGCUCAACCUGGAAUUUAGGCUGACGCAACCUUUUGCUGUUGGCCUGGAUGACAGUUCAUCAUCAGCAUUUAUGGAAUUAGCACAGACAGUGGCAGAACAACUUAAUACCGUCUAUAGCAGAAGAUUCGGCCGCAUAUUUCUGCAAGCUCUGAUCAGAGCUUUCAGGCGUGGGUCGGUCAUAGUGGAUUCUGAGCUGCAAUUUGCAAAUGCCUCCGUUGUGCCAGAAACUCAACUUGUAGCAGAUACUCUGGUGGAGGCAAGAAACAGCUCCAACUUUACCCUCCUACUGAACACAUCAAGUGUUGUUGUGAUGCGCAUUGAGGCUACAACUGUUCCUCCCACAACAGGAACUGGGAAUGUAACAACACCCGACCUAGCAGUCACAACUACAGCUGGAACUACAGUGAAUACAACUUCUGUAGCAGUCAAUGGGACGUCAACACAACCAGCUAUUCCAACCACUGUUACAACUGCAACAACGACAACGGCUGCUGUUCCUGCAGAUUCAAGGCUCAACCUGGAAUUUAGGCUGACGCAAGAUUUUGAUGUUGGCCUGGAUGACAGUUCAUCAGCAGCAUUUAAGAAUUUAGCACAGACAGUGGCAGAACAACUUAAUACCAUCUAUCGCAGAAGAUUCAGGGGAUUUCUGCGAGCUCUGAUCAGAGCUUUCAGGCGUGGGUCAGUCAUAGUGGAUUCUGAGCUGCAAUUUGCAAAUGCCUCCAUUGUGCCAGAGACUCAAGCUGUAGCAGAUACUCUGGUGGAAGCAAGAAACAGCUCCAACUUUACCCUCCCACUGAACAUAUCAAGUGUUGUGGUGAUGCCCAUUGAGGUCACAACUGUUCCUCCGACAACAGGAACUGUGAAUGGAACGGCUACCAAUGGAACAACUACCAACCCAGCAGUCCCAACUGCAGCUGCAACAACAAUGAAUGCAUCUGUAGCAGGAACUGUGAAUGGAACGGCUACCAAUGGAACAACUACCAACCCAGCAGUCCCAACUGCAGCUGCAACAACAAUGAAUGCAUCUGUAGCAGUCAAUGGGACGUCAACACAACCAGCUAGUCCAACCACUGUUACAACUGCAACAACGACAACGGCUGCUGUUCCUGCAGAUUCAAGGCUCAACCUGGAAUUUAGGCUGACGCGAGAUUUUGUUGUUGGCCUGGAUGACAGUUCAUCAUCAGCAUUUAAGAAUUUAGCACAGUCACUGACAGAACAACUUAAUGCCAUCUAUAGCAGAAGAUUCGGCCGCAAAUUUCUGCGAGCUCUGAUCAGAGCUUUCAGGCGUGGGUCUGUCAUAGUGGAUUCUGAGCUGCAAUUUGCAAAUGCCUCCUCUGUGCCAGACACUCAAGCUGUAGUGGAUACUCUGGUGGAGGCAAGAAACAGCUCCAUCCCUCUCUCCGACCUGAACACAUCUAGUAUUGUUGUGACACCCGUUGAGGCUACAACUGUUCCUCCGACAACAGCUUUAUCAACUACCACAGCCUUCACUGGUCCUCCAGCAGCCUCUGAGGGAAGUCUUGGCAUUAGAUUUAGCCUCGAUAGAGUAUUUAAUGCAGCUCUAACAGACACAACUUCAGCAGAAUUCAUCCAACUGGCUACAACUGUGAUCACAGAGAUGAACAGAAUUUGCCUCAGACUCUUUGCCAGAUUCAGUCGCUCACGGGUCAAUUCAUUCACGAGCGGAUCUGUGGUUGUCAACAUGACUCUUGUGUUCAGAGAGGCUUCUUCUGUUCCUUCGCUAGCCGAUGCUCAGUCACAGCUGGCCACUGCGCUUCUUUUUUCCAACCUGAAUUAUAUCAAUGGCACCCUAGUAUUAGCAUCGGGCUGUCCUCCUCUACACACAAUGGCUGGAUUGACUUUCUUUUCGCUAACUAUGCUGGCUGUGGUACAGAUGCUGAUCAACCCAUAGUACGAGAGAACAUGAGCUGCUAUUUUUUUGCAAUCAUGCAUGCAAAAAUAUGUUAAUUUGACAUAGCACAUGCACACUGUGAAAUUUACCAUUUUGUCAUGGGGUAAAUAGAUGUGUCCUGUGGGUCAAGGAUUGAUAAAGGUUUAAAGAAUUUUCCAAAUUGAUGUUAUUUAAUUUAAUUUACUAAUCAAUGCUACUUUUACAAAACAUGUGUAUCUUCUAUUUGUUGUUUGAGCAUAUUUCUUCGAUUUCAUACAGCAAUUGCUUAUAUGUAAAAAAAUACAAAUGUCUAAAUUAUCAUGUAUGACACAUAUAUGUCUUAAUAAAUGCAAUAUAUGACUCGGCAAUAUAAAGUUUCAAUCCAAAUUCAUGCUGACAUUAAAGAAGGCCAGUGGGGAAGGUGCAGUGUGGAGCAAAAAGCCUUGCAAAAAGGGGAAAUGAUCUAUUUAUGAAGAUGAUUUAAUUUAAUCUGCUAUAUUUCGUAUAAACUGUUUGACAAGUAGACUGUCUUAUCCAGGCAAUAUUUUUAACUGUAAAAAUACUUAACGGUUCCUGUUGAAUAUUUUAAAAAUGGAAAGACUAACAUGUUGCAAUGGAUCAGAAAUUUAAUAAACAGUCACAUUUGAAAUUAUG